AUGGUCGUCCUCUUUGAUCCACUUCGCAGCCACUUGCUUCUCAAUCAUGACCAGUCGCAGCACGAUGUCUACGCCGAGAAGGCCAAAGCACAUACCAAAGACAGCGUAGUAUCCUGCUCGGCUGAACACGAUGCCACCGAGCAGAGGCGCGAGGAGCAACCCGAGCCCCAUCGAAAUGCCGGUGGUUCCCAGCAUCUGGCCAGUCUCUUCUUGGUCAACCGUGUCGACGAGGAGCGCAAGGCCCACCGACCAUACGACCGCGGCGGAAACGCCCUGACAUAUUCGUCCGGCGAUGAACAUGCCGAUAUGCCAGAGAAUCCUCAGCCAAUCAAGCUUGGCGCGGCGGGCUCUGACAGGAGCGAAACGUCAUCCUUCAAAGCCGAUAACUUCGGGCUCCUUGUUGCCAUGCGAACAAUUACGGGCUUGGCGUCGGCCCCCGGUUUCUCGCUCCUCACGGCUACCAUAGCAGAUAUCUUCUUCGUCCACGAGCGGGGCUUUUACAUAGCCCUAUGGAACAUCUGUCUCGGGUCUGGAGGACAGAUUGGACAGGUUAUUUGCGGAUUUAUUAUCGAGGAUCUCGGUGUCCCUGCAGUGUUUGGAUUCGCCGCGAUCGUCUUUGCACUUCUUAUGGUGGCGUCGUACUUUCUUGCCCUGGAAUCUACAUACGACCGACCAGAACAAAAACCCGUCGAUUACGAUAGCAAACUUGACUUCGGUUUCGAGGAGGAAGAAGACCUAAAAGCCCCCAAGGCAUCUCAAGUCAAGAAGUCCUACUCUCAGCAACUCGCACUUUGGAACGGACGGCUGAGCAACCAGUCCUUCUGGCUUGGAGUUGUGAAGCCUUUUGGCCUGAUCGUAUUCCCAGCCGUGGCCUAUGGCGUUCUUGCUUUCACAGUGGCCUUCUCCUUCCUCGUCGGCGUGCCCAUCGUAACCUCGGUCGUCUUUGCUCAGCCCCCAUACAACCUUACGCCCUCGCAAAUCGGCCUCACCAAUCUUCCACUAGUUGCUGUAUCUAUCAUUGGUGGUCUCUUCACCGGCUGGUUCGCCAACGUGGCAGGUAAUCACAUGGCGAGGACGAACGGCAGCCAAGCGGGCAUGUUUGAGCCCGAGUUCCGCUUGCUCCUGCUGGUCAUGUCUGGCCCAAUCACUACGGCAGGCCUCAUCGGCACCGGCAUAGCCCUUGAUCAGGCCCUUCCGCUGGCGUGGGUCCUGGUUUGGAUGUCCGUGUUCUCUUUCGGCACCCUGUUUAACGUGCAGGUGAUUCUGACGUACGUGGUGGACUGCUUCCCGGAGAACUCCGGGCAAGCCUUCUCAACUAUGAACCUUGUUUCGUCCAUUGUCAUCUUCGUGGGCUCCGGAGUCUUGAUCACAUGGUACGAGACGAUGGGACCUAUGGUUGUGUUUGGAUGCCUCGCUGCUGCGAGCGUCAUCACCUUAGUGACAUCCAUACCUCUCUACGUAUUUGGCAAGAGGAUGAGAGCUUACAUGGCUGGACUUCCAUGGACACACAAGCUUCUGGAUUGA